ACCAACGAUUCGGCCACGGAAAUGGGGAAACCGUUGUCAAUGAAGUCCGGCAGAAAUUCUGCAUCUCAAAUUUACGUAGCAUGGUUCAAAAGACGGCAAGAAAGUGUCAGUGGUGCAAAGUGUACAAGGCAUCCCCGUCGGCACCUCGCAUGGCUCCUCUACCGGUGGCUCGACUAACCUCUCACGUCCGCCCUUUCACAUUUGCUGGCGUCGAUCUUUGCGGACCCUUCCUAAUUCGACACGGCCGUAGUUUGGUGAAGCGAUGGGUCAUGCUAUUUACUUGUCUGACUGUGCGAGCCGUUCACCUGGAAAUAGUGUACACUUUGUCCGCCGAGUCGUGCAAGCUGGGUUUCCGACGGUUCAUCGCCCUACGGGGUUCCCCUCAAGAAAUAUACAGCGAUUGCGGAACUAACUUUCAAGGACUGAGCAAUGAACUGAAGGCGGAAAUUGCAGCGAUCGAUCAAGAACUUGCGACAACAUUUACGAACACCAACACGAAGUGGCACUUCAACCCCCCAGCAGCGCCCCAUAUGGGUGGCGUGUGGGAACGCAUGGUGCGUUCGGUAAAGACGGCUUUGUCCACUAUUUCUACUUGCAGGAACCCAGAUGGCGAAACAUUCGAGACGUUUCUAGCGGAGGCGAUGGCCAUCGUCAAUUCCAGGCCGUUGACACACGUUCCGCUUCAAGCUGUUGACGAAGAGGCCUUAACCCCCAACCACUUUUUGAUGCUCAGCUCGACCGGCGUUUCGCAACCAACUCAACCAACCACAGAUUUACAAUCGUCAUUGAGGUCAAACUGGAAUCAUCUUCAGUUCCUGCUGGACCACUACUGGGCGAGAUGGAUCAAGGAAUAUCUCCCGGCUAUCAACCAACGUCGAAAGUGGUUUGCUGAGUCGAGACCGAUAUCCGUUGGAGACUUGGUCAUGGUCGUGAACGAAGGAAUCCGUAACAGCUGGACCAGAGGAAGGGUGGUGGCAGUGCUUCCUGGAAAAGACGGUAGGAUUCGCAGCGCGAGAGUUCAGACAUCGGCUGGAGUGCUGACACGCCCGGUGGUUCGAUUGGCAUUGCUCGAGGUACGAAAUGGAGGUACAGCUGGACCAGGUGACCAGCAAUACGGGUCGGGGAUUGUUGCUGAAGCAGAUGACCAUACGAGCAAGCCCCCCGGUGAGCUAGAUCGUUCGUUGAUCUCUCCCCCGGGCCAGAACGUGUCAGCGCUGAUGACACAACCGAAGAAAGGAGAAACUGUCAAGAAUUAGGAGCACGGCAAGUCAUUCCCGUUCAGUGAGACUAGAGUGCGGUUUAGAAAUUGUUAAAUUGAUGCCUAUUAAAGCGACCUGUACUGGUCGACUUGCUUCUUUAGCCACCCCCCACAAAGAUUAAUUCGAAGAAUUGCGGCUUUAGAACAUAGAACACAACUGUAAGUAGUUUAAAAACUAAUUAGUCCAAAAAUCGACUGAAAUUGAACUCCUACAGGCAUUUCCCACAAUUAAAUAAACUGUGCCACACAGUGAACCCUACACAAGAUCAAGGACUAAAUAUGUAAGUUCACCAACAUAAUCAUUUGAACUCAAACUUUAAUAAAUCUUGAUAGCUUUUAGCUAAUUCCGUCAAAAGCGAGUUUGCUUAAAAGAGUCCGAA